UAACUCAUUGUCAACAUCAAGCUUUGUCAUUUGAGGCGCAAAAAUGGCCAUUCCAAAGUCGGAGAAGAAGGUAAUCGACAUCAUGAAAGCGGACGAGAUGUGGAAAACUUCCAUUCGUUCUGAGGACGCUUCGGCUAAAAACUGGCAAACCAACUGGGGCUGGAUUCUGGAUGAAUACCGAUGUUUGGAGCAGAAACUUAAGGAAAAAAGUGCCGAAUCAAAGUUCCUAACGCACAUCAUGGAAGAGAAAAGACAAGACCCACAAAAGCUAGUUAAUUUUCCCGAUACAACCAACCACGAGUAUGGCUGGAUUGCUUCUCAGCCAAACUUCCAGCUUGAACGCUUUGGGGCUGAUCUAUUCGAGCCUCAACCCUUGCCCGAUGUUUACCGUGUUCCCAAACAUUAACUGAAAAACUGUUUGAAAAAUCA